AUGAUCGGCUCUAGCGGUAGGUUUUCGUUCGUUCGUUCGUUCGUUCGUUCUUUGGUCAUGUGUGAAAUCGAUCAACAGCGGUGUGUCUUCCUCGCCGUGUUUCCAUGCCUCGGAAAACGUGAUGACCGUCGGCUGACCGAGGACGAGACGAGGUGAGA